CCGCCGGCUCCGGGUUCCCUUGUGUGGCGCGGCCCUUAAGUUCUGGCUGUGGCGCGCGGGCGGAAGGUUUAGGCGGACGGACCGAGGCUGGCGCUGAGCUCCGGGUCCAGACUACUUGAGUGAACCAACCUCAGGAACAUUCCAUUCUUUCAUUUAUCCCAGUGCUUACAACCUGAGUACAAAAUUGGAUUGCCACCAGUUGGCCACGGCUGAGGAAGUGCACUUGGGUCCUGACACAAAUGCAUCAUCAGUCAGGAGAAAGAGCCAGCUUCUCAGGUGUCUUCAGAGAAGGCCAGACUGACAGCUGUGGUCACCCAUUGCAGUGCUAACAGCAGAUUUCAUGGGCUGCAAGUGCUGGUUGAUACCUGAUCCGAGUAAACCUUUUCCCAUUCUCUUAAGAGCAUUUCUCUGGUUGUAGCUGGCUCUCUGUUCUGAGAGGGAGUGCUAGAAUUAUUCCAUCAUGCCCACUGUGGUGGUAAUGGAUGUGUCCCUUUCCAUGACCCGACCUGUGUCUGUCGAGGGCUCUGAGGAAUACCAGCGGAAGCACCUGGCUGCCCACGGCUUGACAAUGCUAUUUGAACACAUGGCCACAAACUACAAGCUUGAAUUUACAGCACUGGUGGUUUUUUCAUCACUCUGGGAGCUGAUGGUCCCCUUCACAAGAGAUUACAACACCCUACAGGAAGCACUGAGUAACAUGGAUGAUUAUGACAAAACCUGCUUGGAGUCUGCCUUAGUUGGUGUUUGCAAUAUUGUCCAGCAAGAAUGGGGUGGAGCAAUUCCUUGCCAGGUUGUUCUGGUGACUGAUGGCUGUCUUGGCAUUGGCAGAGGGUCACUGCGACAUUCCCUAGCUACUCAGAAUCAAAGAAGUGAGAGCAACAGAUUUCCACUCCCCUUUCCUUUCCCAUCUAAGUUGUAUGUCAUGUGCAUGGCAAACUUGGAGGAGCUUCAGAGCACUGAUUCCUUGGAAUGCCUUGAACGACUCAUAGACUUAAACAAUGGUGAAGGGCAAAUUUUUACUAUUGAUGGCCCCCUGUGUUUGAAAAAUGUACAGUCUAUGUUUGGGAAACUGAUAGAUCUGGCGUACACGCCUUUCCAUGCUGUUCUCAAGUGUGGCCACCUAACAGCUGAUGUACAAGUCUUCCCCAGGCCAGAGCCUUUUGUUAUAGAUGAAGAAAUUGAUCCUAUCCCUAAAGUCAUUAACACAGAUUUGGAAAUAGUGGGCUUUAUUGAUAUAGCUGAUAUUUCCAGCCCCCCAGUUUUGUCCAGGCAUUUGGUCUUGCCCAUAGCACUUAACAAAGAAGGUGACGAGGUGGGUACUGGCAUCACUGAUGACAAUGAAGAUGAAAAUUCAGCCAAUCAGAUUGCUGGCAAAAUACCCAACUUCUGUGUGCUGCUCCAUGGUAGCCUGAAAGUGGAAGGGAUGGUGGCGAUUGUACAACUAGGUCCUGAGUGGCAUGGAAUGCUCUACUCACAAGCUGACAGCAAGAAGAAAUCAAACCUCAUGAUGUCUCUCUUCGAGCCUGGCCCAGAGCCUCUCCCAUGGCUGGGGAAAAUGGCACAGUUGGGUCCCAUUUCAGAUGCUAAAGAAAACCCUUAUGGGGAGGACGACAACAAGAGCCCAUUCCCCCUACAGCCCAAAAACAAACGCAGUUAUGCCCAGAAUGUGACUGUCUGGAUCAAACCCAGCGGCCUGCAGACAGAUGUACAGAAGAUCUUAAGAAAUGCAAGGAAGCUCCCUGAAAAAACACAGACAUUCUAUAAGGAGCUGAACAGGUUACGAAAAGCUGCCUUAGCCUUUGGUUUCCUGGACCUGCUUAAAGGGGUGGCCGACAUGCUGGAGAGGGAGUGCACGCUGCUGCCUGACACGGCCCACCCGGAUGCAGCAUUCCAGCUCACCCACGCUGCCCAGCAGCUCAAGCUGGCCAGCACCGGCACCUCUGAGUAUGCUGCCUACGACCACAACAUCACACCGCUGCACACAGACUUCUCAGGGAGCAGCACUGAGCGACUGUGACGCUGACCUCUGGAGCUUCCCUUCGCUGUUCAUUUUGUAUGAAAACGAUUGAGUUCAAACCUUUCCAGCCCAUUCAGCUCCAAAUAGCCACCCACCGACCUUGAGCUGUCUCAGAAGCAGCACUCCAACUGGAAUGCCUCUACUGCAGUCUGAGAAAGGUCGGAAGGCUGGUUGUCUAGGGCUUUAACACUAGCUGUAUGGGGCUCAGUCUUUAAGUCCAAAACAGCUUUUGUUCCAUGUUGAGCACAGCUCCUGAGAAGCUUGGACAGAUGAGGACAGAGCUCUGCUGCCGCCCUCAAGAAGCCUGCCCAGCAAGGGCCUUCCCCAAUCCAGAAAGCAACUUUUUUACAGGUUUAUGUCUCAAUUAUAAGGACAUUCUUAAACUACUGUGCUUAGAGUGAGCAAUCCAGACAUCCAGAACGUGCCUGAGUACAAACUUGAUGCCAGUGAGGUUCAGAUUUUUUAGAACUUGUUAAAAUACAGUGGCCAUGCUCAGGUGUUUCUGGGGUAUCUCAAGGUACAAUUUUUAGACAGUAACCACACGUGUAAAAUCACUCCUGUUCGUGUUUUUAAAUGAAAAUUAAAUAUUUGAUUUUCUAUAAAAUGAUUUCAUCUAGAAA